CCGGAAAGACACACGAAGAAGAAGAAGAAGAAGAAGAAGAAGAAGAAGAAGAAGUCAACAGAACCGUCACAUUCACAUUCACAGACAUUUACAGUCAUUCCAGUGCUUCGGCCGCGAAAAUCACGAAGACAACAAUGAGCUUUUUGGCCAUAAUCUAAUACAGUUUAGUGAUAGGUAUGAGGUUAGCAGUGUGGUUAUGGUUAGGUUCAAAAUCACAUUUUUAGAAUAUAAAUUGUAGAAUUGGGCGGGGUUUAUGGCUUUGGUAACGAUUUGUGUAGUGCUGCAGGGCAUUUUCAAGGUAGGCACAUCACCUUGUGACAUUCACAAUAUUAUGUGCAGAGAUAGGCUCGGUUUGUGUUAUGUGAGCAAACGGUUUCGAGGCGGGUAAAGAGGACGUACUGGACGUUGCAAGUGAUACACGGUCGAACCUUUCAGAUACAUUCAUGGAUUUAUUUAGAAUGUCAGUCACCACCAAAAACGAUACUCUAUAACCUGCCUUUCAAGCCACCGACAUCUUUCCAGGAGAUAACCAUUGAAGUUCUGCUUUCAUCGCUCCUGAAGUAAUUUCCUGACCAAGAAGACUGCGCUGUCACAAAAGGCCAGCUCUGUGCCAGGCAAGAUGACCACAGCCAGGUAUCGGCCCACCUGGGACCUGGCACUGGACCCGCUGGUCUCCUGCAAACUCUGCCUUGGAGAGUUCCCGCUGGAGCAGAUGACCACCAUUACUCAGUGCCAGUGUGUCUUCUGUACACUAUGCCUGAAGCAGUAUGUGGAACUCCUGAUCAAAGAGGGCCUUGAAACUGCAAUUAGCUGUCCAGACUCUGCCUGUCCAAAACGAGGACACUUGUUGGAAAAUGAGAUUGAGUGCAUAGUGGCUACAGCGAUUAUGCAGAGAUACAAGAAGCUGCAGUUUGAGAGGGAGGUGCUUCUGGACCCGUGCCGGACGUGGUGCCCAUCGUCGUCGUGCCAGGCAGUGUGCCAGCUAAAGGAGAUGGAGGUGGCGCAGCCCCAGCUGGUGAAGUGUGCCGUGUGCACCCUGGAGUUCUGCUCGGCCUGCAAGGCUAACUGGCACCCCGGGCAGGUCUGCCCACCCCAGGAGAACAACCUGCCCAUCACCGCUUUCCUACCCGGAGAGACCAGCUCCUUCUACAAGAGUGACGAUGACGAUGGUCCCAUCAAGCGCUGUCCCAAGUGUAAGGUGUACAUCGAGAGGGACGAGGGCUGUGCCCAGAUGAUGUGCAAGAACUGCAAACACGCCUUCUGCUGGUACUGCCUGGAGUCACUGGACGAUGACUUCCUCCUGAUCCACUAUGACAAAGGGCCCUGUCGAAACAAACUGGGCCACUCCAGGGCGUCUGUCAUCUGGCACAGAACACAGGUGGUGGGGAUCUUCGCUGGCUUCGGCCUUCUCCUGCUGGUGGCCUCUCCCUUUCUCCUCCUGGCCACGCCCUUUGUCCUCUGCUGUAAGUGCAAGUGCAGCAAAGGGGACGACGACCCCCUGCCCACCUAAACCCCGCCUCGCUAAGCAGGCGGCCAUAUUUAUUUUUCGUCCCUUUCUUCCGUUUUCUCCCUCCACGCUUCUGGCGGUGCUUCAUUUAACGGGUCUGGGGCCGAGCUGCACCGUCUCGGCCCAGCCGCGUCACGAUCCAUCUUGCUCGCAGUGUCAUGGUGGGAGAGGAGGAGUUGUGUUGACCCUGUGCUCCCUGGCCUGGUGGAAGAUGGGUUCACAGAGGUCAGACUUUGUGGACGACAACGACGCGCCUCUCUGUGGGCUUGGGGGCCAUGUGUCCGUUUACUGUAGCAGGGCCACGCUGAGGCCUUGAGGUGAGCUACAGGCAGUGGUGUAGUACAGAACCGAAGAGGAUGUUUUAUCAAGAGAAGAGGGAUAAAGACGUGAUGUCUGGAUCCUCUUGUUGGAGACAGUUUCAUGCAGGAGCUGCUACUAUCGGAGGACCUUCACCUUAACUCGUUUCAGUCGAGUUUCUUGUUUUUGUUGGUUUGUCAAACACAAAGCUUUCCCCCCACCCCUCUACUCUCGCUUUUUAUCUCUCAACAUACAGGAAAUACCACUGGAGUUCCGUUUUUACAAACGUUUUGUGUUUACUCUGUUUGCACAUUUAAGACACUCCGUUUGUCGCUUUAAGAACCGGGGCUGGAGUCGGGAGGUUUUCCGUCUCUCACUCCCCUGUACAGCACGUUCUCUUGGUGAUGUCUGUGUUUCUGUCAUCUUUUGCUCUGUUCCCACUAUCAGCAAGAAGUUAUUGUUUUUACAAAAUGGAUUUUAACUCCUAUUUGUGUCUUUAAAGAAAAUAUAUAUAUAGAUAUAUUCUUACCCCCUUUUACUCCCCAAUUUCGUAGUAUCCAAUUGUUAGUAGUUACUGUCUUGUCUCAUCGCUACA